GUUUUAUUAGUAGAAAAAGACAACUCACGUUGAAAAGGUGCCGGGAGAGUUGCUCGGGGUGAAAAUAUACAAAUCUAUAGGACUAUUGAGCUUUCAAAUUUCCUUGUGAUUCUGUGGAAUAGCACAAUAGUGAUGAUGUGGGAAACUCGAAACUCUAAUAUUCCACUUGCUCUAACCAAAGGCAGAAUUUAUGGUUUUCUCUCUGUAUUGCGUUAGUUGUUGAAAGAAGUAACAUUGAAUGACAAAGAAGAAAUUAUGUUGUUAAUUGCAGUUGUUUGCGUUGCAUCAAAUGAAAAUGGAACAAGAGGCUAAAGAGGCCCAGAAAUCCGUUCAACCUAAUUCCUCAUCGGGAAAUGGCAAGGAGUUCAAGGUUCCUGUUGUGUGGAUCCUGGGUGGUCCGGGAUCGGGCAAAGGAACGCAGUGUGACAAAAUAGUGGCUAAAUAUGGGUUCAGUCACUUCAGCACGGGAGAUCUCCUGCGCGAGGAAGUGGCUUCGGGAUCGGAUCUCGGCAAAGAGCUCUCGGCGCUGAUGCAGCGCGGUGAUUUGGUGCAGAACGAGCACGUUCUGGCCCUGCUGGAGAAGGCCAUGCUCAAAGUGGCCGACUCGACGGUGGGCUACCUGAUCGACGGAUACCCUCGGGAGAAGGCUCAAGGAGCUGCAUUUGAGCAAGCCAUCGCUCCAGUGGAUCUGAUUCUAUAUUUGGAAUGCGCAGAGGACACAAUGGUACAACGGAUUCUAUUUCGUGCCUCGCAAAGUGCUCAAGUUCGAGCUGAUGACAACGAAGCUACGAUUAAGAAUCGCAUUCAUAUUUUCCACACCAACACCGAGGAAAUUCUAUCGCAAUACGGAGAGAAAGUGAAGCGGCUACCGGCUGAUCGCCCUAUUGAGGAGAUUUUUGCCGACGUCUCCAAGCACUUGGACGAGUUGUUGGCGGCGAAAAAAUGAAAAGGAUCCUCAAAAGGAUGUACACAGCAACGUUGACUUCAAUUUUCAUCUCUUCACGAAUUAAAUUAUAGACAAUUUGAUCGAGUUAUGUUAAAUAAAUUUAAAAAUGUUAUUUGAA